AGAAACAAAUUCCAUGGUUGAAGAGUUCAUGUUGCUUGCCAAUGUCUCCGUAGCCCAAAAAAUUUACGAUGAGUUCCCAGAGUUUGCCUUGCUCCGGAAACAUCCUGCUCCUCCCCCAUCAAAUUAUGAUAUCCUUGUGAAGGCAGCAAAGUCCAAGAAUUUGGAAAUUAAGACAGAUUCAGCAAAGGCUUUAGCUGAAUCAUUAGACAAAGCUGAAUCUCCUACGUUCCCCUAUCUAAAUACACUGCUGCGAAUUUUGACCACUCGCUGCAUGAUGCAGGCUGUUUAUUUCUGCUCUGGAAUGGAUAAUGAUUUUCAUCACUAUGGUUUAGCCUCACCUAUUUAUACCCACUUUACCUCACCCAUUAGAAGGUAUGCUGACAUUAUAGUACAUCGACUUUUGGCAGUGGCCAUAGGAGCAGAUAGUACUUACCCAGAACUUACAGAUAAACAUAAACUAGCGGAUAUGUGUAAAAAUCUCAAUUACCGGCAUAAAAUGGCUCAAUAUGCACAAAGAGCGUCUGUUGCAUUCCAUACACAGCUGUUCUUCAAAAGCAAAGGAGUAGUGAAUGAAGAUGCAUAUAUAUUAUUUGUAAGAAAAAAUGCAGUUGUUGUUCUGAUUCCCAAGUACGGGUUAGAAGGAACAGUCUUCUUUGAAGAAAAAGGUAAACCAAUACCAAGACUGGAUUACAACAAUGAGGUACUGUCACUUACUGUGGAAGACACGACAUUACGUGUAUUUGAUAAAGUUAAAGUGAACAUUAUGUUAGAUGCUUCCAACAUCCAACAUCAGAAAAUUCGGAUGGUGUUGGUAGAACCAAAGAUACUAGGAAAUGAUGUGCCCGCAAAUCUGCCUACAGAGAUAAGCAGCAAGAAUGAACCGGAGAAAAAGAAAAAGAAGCAACAAAAAUAG